AAGGUUACUGAAGAAAUGCUUCAAAGAAGCUCAUCGACCCCAGUUAUUGGAAACCUUGUCUUCCCUUUUGUCGAUGGUUCAAAAAAAGAUCUUGAUGCUACUUACAGGUUACUUCAUGGCAAACAGGGGGGAAACCUCAACUCCCAUUGUCAAGAAAGACUCAACUUGACACCAUUUUCGCGUAGUUCAUUUGCCGUGUCUCAUUCAACUUCAGGGUUGUUUGAAUUCGAUUCGGAAUCGGCUAGUUUUCGCCUUGAAUGCUUUCGGAGAUCUAAGUCUGAAGGAAGCUUAGAAAGAUUAGAUUACAGCUCUUGUGAUAUAGGUCAGUUUCUUGAUAUCAGAACAUCGAAAGGAUCUUUCCAUAGGCAUGAUAUAACAAUGUUGCAUAGUGCACCGUCUUUUUCGAUAUUCAGUGAAGGGGUUGAAGAUGGCCCAGUGGGGGAGGAGGCAUUGGAGAGAACGGUUACAAUUGGUGAGGGCAUUGAUGCUGCGGGGAAUCUGGAUUUCAGCUUCCGGAAGAAGUGUAUGGAGUUAAUUCAGGAAGAAGAAGGAGACGAGGAAAAGGAAGGAUUGAACCGAAUUCGAAGUACUUAUGAUGAUGAAGAAGUUGAACUUAUGCCACCUAGUCCUCCCAUGUAUCUUGCUGCAGGUCUUGGGAUUGAUUGUGUUGGCUUUAGUUCCAUGGCUGAUGGUGCUGAUUUAAGUUCCAUGGAGCUUGAUGAGACUGAAGAUCCUGAAGAGUUUCAUAGGAGGCUGGUUGAUGAGUACCCUUGUCAUCCUUUGUUUCUAAGGAAUUAUGCUAAAUUCUUGCAGUCCAAGGGAGAUCUUCAAGGAGCAGAGGACUAUUAUCAUCGUGCAACGCUAGCAGACCCCGAAGAUAGCAAAAAUCUCAUGCAGUAUGCCAAAAUAGUAUGGGAUCUUCACCAUGACAAAGAUAGAGCCCUUAGUUACUUUGAACGUGCUGUUCAAGCUUCUCCUCAAGAUAGCAAUGUCGUUGGAGCAUACGCUAGUUUCCUCUGGGAAAUAGGGGAUGAUGGAGAGGAACAUGGAGACCAGCAAGAAUACCUGAAGGUUAAAGGAGAUGAAAUUAUGAAGGCAUCCAAAAACUUACUACCUGAAGAAACUAAGCUAGCUAACCUAUCCAUGCACCCUCCAAAUCCAGCAGGCUCUGGGGUUCAUACUGAUAUCCAGGAUCUUGAUAUGGAGGAUUAUUAUAGGAGGAUGGUUCAGGAAAAUCCCGGAAACUUUCAGUUUUAAACAAUUAUGCUCGGUUUUUACACCAGUCUAAAGGAGAUCUCGAGGGAGCUGAGGAAUACUAUUUACGAGCCAUACAAGCAGGCCCUGGAGAUGGUGAAACCAUGUCACAAUAUGCCAAAUUGGUAUGGGAUAUUCGCCAUGACCAUGAUAAAGCUUCACACUACUUUGAGCUAGCAGUUGAAACUAAUCCUGGAAAUAGCAAUAUUCUUGGAGCAUAUGCUAGCUUUCUCUGGGAAACAUAAGAAGAUGAAGAUGACAACACAAGGCAAGAUCACAUUCUAGUUUCUCUUCAGAAUGGA